AUGGAGGUGGAGACCAUUUCCCUCUUCCCGUCCCCUUCCUCCGCCUCUGUCCAAGAGGACACUGCCCUCCUCAGGUGGAAAUCCUCCCUCAAAAACCAAAACCGAUCCGAUUCCUCCCUCGCGUCAUGGACCAAUGCCACAGCAGGCCCAUGCCUCUUGCUCGGGAUCCUCUGCGAUGCCGACUUAACCAUCAAAGGGGUCAACCUCACGAAUAUGAGCGUCUCUGGCACGCUCUACGAGUUCCCUUUCGAUUCCUUGCUGAACCUGACGUACAUAGACAUGUGCCUCAACAACCUCUCCGGGUCCAUCCCCCGGGAAAUCAGGCUCCUUACCAAGCUCAAGUACCUCGACCUAUCCUUCAACAUGCUUUCCGGUAAGAUCCCAGAGGAGUUUGGGAAACUGGGGGCAAUGACACGGAUGAACAUGAGCAACAACCGGCUCUCGGGCGGGAUCCCUUCGGAGAUUGGUGACCUAUCAAACCUUCUGAACCUUGACCUCUUGCGGAACAUGUGGACAUCCAUUCCCAACAGCAUCAAGAAAAUCUCGCAGCUGUACUACUUGGAUUUGAGCCACAAUCAGCUGAGACAAGAGAUCCCGCCCGCAAUCGGGUAA